AUGAGAAACAGUGCAAUUGUUUUGUUCUCUUGUGCUGGUCUCUUACUUAGCGGCGGCACUAUACUCGGCGGUACAGUGGCAUGGAGUCUACUUCGCAUGUCAUACUACUUUUGGACGACUGACAUAGGUGUAGAGUUGAGUUCGAGUGUCCUGUUUAUGGCAGGAUCCCUCCUCUGCCUACCAACAUGCUGGCUAGCAACGCUCGUGCCUUACAACCUCAAAUCAAAGUCAUUGAACGCCACUUUGAUGGGCGUAGUGAGCGUGGCGAUGCUGAUGCUAUCACUGGGAGUAUCGUCUAUGGGUUCUGUGGCCCGUGCUGUGCGCGAUCCGAGUGCGCUUAACACUAGCAUGUUACGUGCCAUGGCCAUCGACGGCUACGAUCCCACUGUAAGGAGCUCAUUCUCUGCUAUGCAGAUUGAGUUAAAAUGUUGCGGAGUGCAGUCGUAUUCUGACUGGUAUCAACACCGCCGCACGUUGCCCCCGGCGUGCUGCGGACGUGUUCUGACUGGCAAGAGUUCGGACAUAUGCGACGUGCCGCUGUACAGUAUGGGCUGCCUUCGCCCUGCACUCGCUGACAUUCGACAUUUCGCCAAUGUUCUUUCUGCACUAUCUUCAACGCUCAUCGUCGUCAUGGCUGUGACACUGUUCGAGGCAGCGUUCAUGUUAGUGACAUACGAGGUAGAACAAGAAAAGCUGCUAUCAAACAAGCCUACCAAUCCUGUUCGCAUCGGGAUCGCGUGCCUGUCACACCCGCCUCAGCCACCGCACAUGGCACUUGUGGAACCCAGCUUGGCACCUGUGCAAUACAACAAUGUCUAA